AGCCCAAACCCUUAAAAGACUCUUUUCUUCCUCACUUUCUCGAUCCUUCUCCCUCUCUCUCUGUGACUACUGCUCAGUUGCUAGUGCUAUUAUCCUCUAUCUCAUUCCGCAGCAGCAACGUCGCAGGUAUUUCUCAAAAAAAAAAAAACGUCGCAGGUGCUUGAUUAUUACCGAAAUUAUAUUCUGUCGUAAAGUCAUGUUAGCUCUCACCGGACCAGAGGAACUUGAGAAUCCUGCAUUCAAAUGGGAUAAGAAGAGAGGACUGGGAGGGAAGAACAAAAACGUCCAGUUUUAUGAGUCAUUUAGUUAUGAUGGGAUGGAUUAUGCAUUGUAUGACUGUGUAUAUAUGCACAAGGAAGGGGCUCCUGCACCUUAUAUUGGAAAACUGGUUAAGAUAUGGGAAACUGCUGAAGGCUUAAAAAAGGUAAAGGUUCACUGGUUUUUCCGGCCAUCAGAAAUUUCUUAUUAUUUGAAGGAUGCAAAGGUGUCAGAGAACGAACUAUUCUUUGCUUCUGGCGAUGGCAAAGGUCUUGCUAAUCUCAACCCACUGGAAGCUAUUGCCGGAAAAUGCAAUGUUGUCUGCACUUCAACGGACAAUAGAAAUCAACAGCCUUCAGCCAAAGAACUUCAAAUGGCUGAUUAUGUCUUUUACCGCGUCUUUGAUGUUAAUAGCUGUACUAUAUCUGAUCAGAUUGAUGAUACAGUUGGUGGGCUUGAAGUAAAUUUUGUAUUCAACAGAAGAGAUGGCAUUGGGACACUUGAUGGUCCCAAGCUUGAUGCCGGUGAAAAAUACGAAGGAAACAUGGUUGCAUUUAAAGAAACACCAGGUAAUAACUCACCCCAACAGUUGAGAAACACCAAACUGGAUAAAAAUGGUAAUCAUGCGCUAGAUGACAAUACACAUGCUAUGCAAGUGCUGGUGAAACAGGGAAAUUUAGAUGAUAAACAUUUUUCUGGUGUUGAUGUGAUUUCUAGUAAAAAUAGCCAAAUUGCAGGCACAGUCUUAGAGGAGAGAAAUACAACAGGUGACAAAAAUCUUGGGAGCAAUAUCAGUGAAAAGAAAGAUAAGUUUAAGGACAUAAAGUUACCUGUCAGUCAGGUUCAUGUUGAAAAGGGAGUGAAGCAUGCAGGAAAAUCUUGUGAUUUAGACAAUGCACCAUCAAAGAGAGUAAAAUUUGAUGGUACGGUCAUAUCAAAGUCAAAUAGUGUAGAAGGUGUUAAGGAUUCUGUUGGGUGCAGAAAAGAUGCAAAAAAGGCUGAAAAUUCAAGUCCUUUAGAUGAGAAGGGUGUUUCCUUGUCUAAAGAAGCAGCUAUAUCUGGACAUGCUGAGGAUGGUGUUGGGCUUCAAAAAAAUUCUGAAUCAAACGAAAAUCCGAAUGCAUUGCAAGAAAAGCUAUCAAAACCGAAUGCCUUUUCAUCUUCUGAAAAAGAGAAAUCAAGAUCAACACUUCGAAAAGAUUCUUUUGUUGCUCCUAAGGAUAAAAAAGUUGGUGGAGAAAAGACAUCACAGACCAAUGUGGUAUCACAAGAUGUGACACCAAGGCCAUCAACGACCAAUGUUUCACCUAAGGAAACCCCAAAAUCAGUACCUAACAAGGACGUUGAUGAAUCUGAACAAGUCGCAAAACCAGCUCAAAGUUUGUCUACUUCAAAGAAAAGGCCGUUGGAGAUGACUGUUGUGGAGUCCAAGGAAGACUCAAAUCUUGGACAUGACAAGUCCCAUGAGAAGAAGGAGAAAAAAAUUGGUAGUGAUUCAUGUCCCAAUGAUGAAGGAUAUCUAAAGAAAGCAAAAUUAGAUAAUUCCAUCAAGCGAUCGGAAGGGAAUAAGGAUAAUAAUAUCAAGAAGGUGAAGGAGAACACCUACGUGGGUCCCAAAAAUUCUCCAAAAGUUGCAACUUGUGACAACAAUGGGAAAUCGGGACUAGGUGAGGGGCUUUCAAAGGAUCCUAAUGAGAAGGAGAAAAAUCAUGCACGUGAAAUGAAAAAGUCGCCAAAAUCUUUGGCAUGCGAUGAUAAGUCGAAAUCGAAACUUCGUGAGGGCUCUCCGAAAGAGUUUGAUAAUGAGAAGGAUGGCAAGAAAAACUUGCCAAAAUCUUUGACUUGCUUUGAUAAGACGAAGUCAAAACUUCGCGAGGGGCCCUCCAAGGAGUAUGAUUAUGGGAAUGAUGGCAAGAAAAACUCGCCAAAAUCUUUGACUUGUGACAAUAGAAAAAACUCACCGAAAUCUUUUUGUGAUUAUAAGGCGAAGGCAAAACUUCGUGAGGGGUCCUCCAAGGAGCAUGAUAAUGAGAAGGAUGGCAAGCUAUCUAACAAUAACUUGCCUAAUCGGAUUGCUACAAAAUCUAAAGACGGUGAUGGUAGGAAAGUUGGAGGCAAAAUUAUUGAAGUCACUCGGAGACCGCCAGAGAAGGCUACAUGGAUUAAAUUGUCGUGGGAGCAACAAAUGAAGACUGCUCUGGAUCAGGGGAGAUUGGUUUUGCUCCUGAAUUUGGAUCCAGAAUAUACAUCAGGAGAGGUGGAGGAUAUUAUUUGGCACACAUUUAGCGAAAGUUGUACUGCUCGGGUGCUGCCACAUACUGCAAUUUCUGAUCCAUACUCUGGUCACGCUUUUGUUGUAUUUAAAUCAAGGGGUGCCGCAAACAAAGUUGUAGAUAAACUGGAUGAAGGAUGCUUAAUGUUACCAAAUCAAAGGCCUCUGGUAGCUUGCUAUGGAGAUUUACCCAAGUUAUUUGGAAAGCAGACAGCAUAUGUUGGGCAUUUGCAAAUUGAUAAAGUUCGGCGUCAAAUGCUAAGGGGCACGAAAGAAGCUGUGUCUACAUCUCAUUACUCCCAGAAUAACACAAUUGAAUUUGAGAUGGCUAUGGACUGGUGCUUGCUGCAAUCAAAAUCCGAUAAAUGGUGGAAAACUCUUUACGAGCUACAUCGGAAGGAGUUAAAGAAACACUCGGAUAAUUUCAAAUCAAAGUAAAAAACUCUGAGUGAUCCACAUCUCUGCCCCCGUGGUUCCCGACUGGAGUAAUUCUUUUGCAGGGAGUUUGAUUAACAGACCUCUUUGCCAUUCCACAAUCUGCAGGGAGAGAAUGUGACUCACCAGAAGUGUAUAUGUAGUUAUUUUAUAACUCAUGUUAUAGCCCACCUUUUUUCUGUAUAGAUUGAUGAACUUACAUUGAUGGACUUGUUUGAAUCAUUCUCUCAUCUGAUUCCAUGGAAUGAAGGGAAAACUAGAAAUAUAAAAAUCAUUUCUAGCUUCUAUCA